UCCUCUCCUGCUAGGAUCGCGGAAUAUACGGCGGUGCAACUCCUUGAUUUUUUUUUUUUGCCGAUCCGAACGGAGGAGCGCGCGAGAACGAAGGAGUCGGAAAUGGGAGGCGAAGCGAGGCGUGAUUUACUUCCUUAUCAAAGAGAUGAAUUGGGCUUCGUUAGAUUCUAACUGUACUAAAUGCGUAUACCGACCGAUCGGGAAGGGAAGAAGGCAGAGGAUGCGAGAGAAAGAUUCCGGACGUGUCGUGUACCGGAAGCUCCUUCAUUGUGCGCACGCACCUUCGACACGGUUUAGAAAAGGAAGGCACAGGUCGGCAUAACGCUUUUAGUUAAACCUUCCUGUGACGCAGGUUUCUCUCGAGGAGUUUCAGGGCGAUGUAACUUCGCGUGUUGAAGCUAUUAUUACCGAUCUCGGUGGCUUGCUCCGCUACCUGCGCGUGAGUUGAAAAGAGAGAAGCUGGUUAGGAGCCAUCUCACCUUCGCUUGUUUCCCCACGCCAGUCCUUUGUCUCGCGCAUGCGCGCCCCGUUUCGGCAAACAAGACGCAAAAGACGCCGACAGGGAGUCAGGCUGGUGUGCGCGCUGUAUUGGGGCAUCGAUUUAGCGGGCCACUCACAUAACGCAGGUUCGACGACGGCGACGGACGUGGCGACGGACGUGGCGCCGGGAAGAGGCAGCGGCACGUAACGAGACUCCAUUAUCAGCGACGGGCGAUUUCACGCACGGCGGGACCGUCUCGCGCGUACGUGAGAAAGCGAUCGGCUCGAAAGGCGCGUCCGUUGCGUCAGCGCUGUCGUUAGUUCGACGGCGCACUUCAGCGAGCAGUGAGAGUCGCCGGGCCAGUGGGAGCCUCAGGUGAGGAAAAGAAACGGUAGAAGAAGAAAAAGAGCAACCGAGGAAGAGUCAUGUCCGAUUUAGACGAGGAGACCGAUACCUCGUGCGAGGAGGAGCAGGUCCCGGAGUGGGAAUUCGGGAGGGAGUGGUUCGAGGGCAUAUUGAGCGAGUACUUUGCCGAACCGGUAAGGGUCACGAAGUUCGAGUUGGAACCCGAGACCAUGAGCGAAGGUGCGCUGUGCUCCAUCACUAAAAUCGAUGGCAAAUUCUAUUUCCGGAAGUGUCAGAGCAGGAGUGAGAUACACGUAAUCAUAAAGGAGCUACCGAAAGAUCCGUUCAGCCGUUUCUUCGUCACCGAGGGCCUAUUCGAUUUCCGAGAGAUCAACUUUUACUCGAAGGUGCUGUCGGAUCUGAACAAGUUCAGGAAUGACCAGUUAAUGAAGCUAGUAAGAGACGAGAGGGAACUCGAACUCAUUCUGCAGAUUCCGAGGUACUACCAUUCUCAAUAUAUCCCAGCGGGCGGGACCGACGACAAUCCGGUGCCAUCGAAAUCGAUGCUUUUGCUGCAAGAUGUGCGUGACUCGACCGAAUGCUUAGACAACAAGUUCUCCGAAGGGCUGACCCUAUCUCAGACGAAGGCUGCAUUAGAAACCAUCGCCAACUUCCACGGUAUCACAUUGGCGAUGAAAGUCGUGAAGAAGUUGUCUAUGUUCGAGGAAUACCCGUUCCUCUUCGAAACGGCCAAGGCGGCCGAUUCGUAUCAACAGUUGUUUGAGCGAGGCUUGCCGCUGCUGGCGCGCUUUCUAAAGUGCCGACCGGGGUUGCAUCCGAUCCUCAAGACUCUGCUGAGCCUACGACCCCGCACCAAAGACAUCAUCUCGUCCCUGCUCGCGCCGGAGGGCCCGAUUGCGGUGAUCACUCACACCGACUUCUGGUGCAACAAUCUGGUCUUCAAUGAUAGAUAUCACUAUUCCGAAAGACAGUUGAGCUGUUACGCCAUCAACUGGCAGAUGGUCACUUACAGCCGGCCGACCAAUGACGUCGCACUGCUGAUAUUGAGCUCGGUGUCAUCUACGUUGCGCCGCAAGAACAUCAACCGCUUGUUAGACGCGUACUGGGCAAAGCUGACCUUCUCGAGCGGCUACCUCGGCGUGAACAUUGAGAAGGACUUGGGAUACACCCGGGAGGACUUCAACAAGGACUACAGGAGAUCGCAGCUGUUGGCCCUCCUACUCUGUAUCGGUUCUGUGGAUAUCGCGCUCGGUAAUCCCAAAACCGAGCAACGGUUGAUUGACGUUCUCGAAGAUCUAUACAAAGACGGCGUGUUGACGGACGAAGCCAUCCUCGCGAGGAACGAGCCCGAUGAUCCUUAAUCCGUCGCCGCCGCAACCAACGUUUCUACUUCCUGGGCUGUGACUCGGAGCGAGGAUACGAUCGCACGGAACGAUUAGGCACUUUGACAGCCCAUCCGUAGCUUAAAGCGAUCUUCGUGUUUCCGAUCGAGAAACAGGAAGUCGAAGCAGCAACGCGACACGAAACACGGGCGUUGAAGGAAAUAGUUGCAAACGGAAAGAACAGAAACAAAGCACGGCUCACAUCAGAAGAAUAUAGUGGACGUUAGAAAUUUGUGUUACGCUCGGUCUCUUCACUAUGUGACGGAAAUGCUCUAGGCGAGGGGAAAUCGAUCGGAAUCAGUAUGCUUAAACACGACACGAUUAGAUGUCUCGGUUAUACGUUAGCAUAAGCUUUGACAUCCCGUCGGAUAUUAUUCCUUAAAGCUAGAACGACAUUUUAAUGACUACUCAUGCAAGAAUCACUCGCCGUCAUGCGAUGAAAGUCUCCGAAAUAGGAUCGAAUCGGGAGGCACCGUUUUCUAAAAAUAGUUACACGCAAUAAAGAGAUUGAUUUUGAUAUCGACAGCCCACCGAUCUUUCCAACGUGAUCUCUGUCUUCAAUUCGGUUCCUGCGCUCGGCAAGCAAUUGCCGAUGAACGUUCUUUAAACGCGCUGUGUGCCAAGUCAUUAAAGAUUUAGGCAGGUAGUUGUGAUAUACAAUUGCUAGGAUGGAAUCAACUAGACAUACGAUUAAUGUCAUAGAACAUGCAUCGAAAUUUCAAAUAUCUUCGAGAUGUAAUGCGAGAUGUGUGGGUGUGUGUGUGUGUGUGUGUGUGAGUGAGAAACACGAAACAAUUAUGUUCCAUCUGCCCGAAUACGUCCCGUGAUAAAUUUUUUUCCGACAAUUAUUCCAGCAAACGCGCUGUUUUGUUAACGCUAUAUAUACAAAUAUUGUAUUAUCCAUGUUCUCUGUAUAAACUAUAUGAAUAAAAUAUACUUCGGUGUUAUCACGAACAGUAAACGAAAUGUUCACUUCGA